GCUCAGGCAAGCAUAAAAGUAUAAUUUAUUUAAAAAUAUUUUUGUAUUUCAGGGCAUCUGAUGAAUCCCAUGUUACCUUUGACGUGGAUUCUUUUACGAAAGCACUGGACAGAAUUUUAGGGGCAGACUCGGAGGAGCUGGAUUCUGAUGAUCUGGAUGAAGAGGAGGAGUUUGAUUUCUCAGAUGGGGAUGAUGAAGACCUGGAUGCUGGAAACCAAAGGCAGGAGCAGAAGGUGUCUCCUGAGGAGCUCCUGGGCAGUCUCAGGUCGUACAUGAAUGAGAUGGACCGUGAGCUGGCACAGACCAACGUUGGGAAAAGUUUCACCAAAAAGAGAGGGGCAAGUUCUGCUGAAGCAGCCACAUCUGAGAGUGCUGGCCCUGGUUCUGGAGCUGAGGAUGCUGAGCUGGCACCUGUGGAUGUGGACAUGAACCUGGUGGCAAACCUGCUGGAGUCCUACAGUGCCCAGGCUGGGCUGGCAGGACCCACCUCGAACAUUUUACAGAGCAUGGGGGUGAAUUUACCUGAGAACACAGAUCUCGCUGGCUCGAGCAGCCGAGCAGAGCAGUGAGAGACUUUGGACAAGACGUGGCUGGCGGGGAAAUGAAGCACAGGUGGAUGAGCAGGAUGUGGAAGAGGAGGCCAAAGGUUUUAAUUUCCAGCAUUCUGUUCAUUCUGUGUCACUUCAGCAAAGUGAAUUUACCUGCAAAAGCCUUCUGUUUGGACCCUGUCUUGGAUGGAAAUGAGAUUUUCCCAGUGCUAACACAUUUUCAGAAAACUGAAAAAUGAUGUGACUCGAAUGAAACUUCUAUUACAAAACCUCUCUU